UUCUUCAUUGGAAACAGAACGUCGAGAUAUCAUUCACUUUCCCUUUCAACUAAAACCCUCAUUCCACAUUUUCACUCAUUAGUGAUCAGAUAAUCGUUUUCACAGUUUUACUGAGCAAUUUAUAAGAAGAAAUGAAGUCCCUUCGUCACUUUCAACUCUUCAUCAUCUUCUCUCUAGCAUCCAUCGCAAUUUCUUUCUCCCUUCCUUUUCAGGUUACUGAUCAGCUUCAGUACGAGAACUCACAACUGACCUCAUCAGAAUUCUCAACUUCACUUGAAACUCUUCAAAAAAGAAUCGGUUAUGAGUUCAAGAACAUUAAUCUCCUACGAAGAGCAAUGACUCAUGCAUCAUACUCCGGAGAAAACAACAAAGCAUUAAGCGAUUUAGGAUUAGAUGUAAUCAAGACUUCAAUUGCUCUCAACUGUUUGAAAAAAGACAUUGAUAUCUCUGUUAGAGAUCUAAACAGGCAGAUUACAAAGGUAACUGAAGUGAAUACCUGUGCAAUUGAAGGAACAAGGUUAGGACUACAGAAUAUAAUUAGGGUUCCUGUGAAAGGGAAUUCUUCAGCUCCACCAGUUGUUUGUGGUGGUUUUAGGGGUUUGUUUGGUGCAAUUGCUGUUGAUACAGGUAAAGCUGAUGAUGCUGGGAAUGUGUUCUGGAAUGUUCAUCGUGGGAUUUCUAGUACUUUCGCAUUCUGAUUUUGUGGAUUUUGUGGUGUUCUGUUUUUAAUUCCGAAAGAAGAGAGGGUUGGUACUUGGUAACUAGGUUGGUAGGUGUAUCUUGGUCAAUUUAUGAUGCUCAUGGACAUAGGUCAGAAGGAUAUGCUGGAUGGCUUUAAAAUCAGCAAAACUUGGUCAUAGUCAAGGAACCAGAGAAAAUCGUGAGUUAGAUAAAUGUGAAUAAUUUGCUACUUCUGCUUUAGCUUCUUUGAAUGAUCUUUGACCUCUGUUCAUCACUCACUUGACAUAGGGGAUAUGGUGUGUUGGCCUAGUACUAGGUUUAAGAGAAACUUGUUUCGCGGUCCUAGGAUGUUAAACAGUAUGUUGUUCCCUUUUGGCAUGCAAACCUUACAGCAACCUUUGAUUGAGGUCGUAAGACGUGUAGAUGUGCAAGACCUGUAGGGUUCAUGACCAAGAUAUGACAUGGUGUCUUGUGGCAAAACGCUAGGGGAUGCCCAGCAUUUUUUGGUUUUCCUUAUCUGUGGAUAGUUUUGAGCCCUUUGUUUGUAUCUUCCAUGAGUUUUCUGUCUCUCUUUGGUUUCAUUUAGUGCUUGAGUUAAACUCUAUCCUGCUCUUGCUAUUUUUUAGCCAACCAUAUUGGAUUUUGAUUGCUAGAAAUGGAAAUUAGCAUGAGAAAGUGAGAAGCAUUCUUCUUUAUGUAUCAUUAUCUCAUAUUUGUCAGUGAUUUACAUUUUUACGUAAUGUGUGCUCUUAAAAAAAUGGUUCAUAUUUAUGAUUUACAUGCUACUCUAUUACUGCAAUUUGUUUGAGGUAUAAAUGAAUGAUAAAUCAUUAUUGAUGUUCCACAC